UGUCAGUAAAAGAAAGAGAAAUAUGGUAUCUCCAGUAUCUCCAAAGCGAGCGAUCUUUGAAGAAGAGACGGCGACUUUUAGAAGUACUCAGACUGGAGACCUGCGUCAGGAUUCUCAUCAAUUAGAUGAUAAACUUCACCGAGUCAAACACCAACACAAAACAAUCAUGAAGAAGUUGUAUGAGAGCCUUUGUGAAGGAAUUAAACUGCAAGAAAAUCAAACCCUCCUGAACAGGAUAUACACACAGCUCUUGAUCAUUGAGGGAGAGAGUGAAAGUGUGAAUGAAGAACAUGAGAUUUUGCAGAUGGAGAAAACAGCCAGAACACAACAUUCACAAGACACUUCAUUUAACUGCAAUGACAUCUUUAACUUGGGUAAAUCAGGAUACAAGAAGAAAGACAAACUAAAGUCUGUUCUUACUAAAGGCAUCGCUGGAAUCGGAAAAACCGUCUCUGUGCAGAAGUUCAUUCUGGACUGGGCCGAGGAAAGGCCAAUCAGGAUGUGGACUUCAUAUCUGGACCCAAAGAUGUAUGAAGAAUGUAAAGUUGUGUUCAUCUUUGAUGAGCUCAUGAAAGGAGAGCGGCUUCCUUCUUCUCUCAUCUGGAUUACCUCCAGACCAGCAGCAGCCAGUCAGAUCACCUCCAAAUACAUUGACCUUGUGGCAGAAAUCCAGGGAUUCAAUGAGCCUCAGAAGGAGGAAUAUUUUCAUAAGAGAUUCAAUGAAGAUCUUCAAGGCAGUAGAAUCAUAUCGCAUAUUAAAAGAUCAAGAAGCCUCCACAUCAUGUGCCACAUCCCUGUCUUUCUUUCUGGAUCUCAUCCACUGUGCUUCAGAAGCUCCUGGAAGAAGAUCUGA